AUGGAUCACCGGCGCAAAAGUGCCCAACCAGCCGCGUCGACCAAUCGUGUACCAACCGUUCGUUCGAACCCCGUCCUCAAGCGCUCGAGCUCUUCCGCAACAGCUGGGCUGCAUGAUCAGACUGGCUCGGCAUCGACUGGUCAGGUGCAGCAGCCAAACAAACAAGCCCUCGCCUACAGUCUCCACAUGAAGAAUGCGCUCACCGAACUCCUGAAUGACGCCCGAACCAAAGGAAGCGACCAAGGGAGCCGCUGCCUCCAGAAUAUUCUGAUGGAGAACGCGCGUGAAGUGAGGGAGAAUCGACGGAAAUCAUUGAAUACUCGGGGCGCGAAAUGA